AUAUAUAUAUAUUGCAAAGAGUAUUCUUCUCUCUUGAGCUACCUGGAGCCUACAACAGCCUAACAGAGUAUAGGGAUCAAUCGAUAAGCUUCAUUCGACUAGACUAGACUAUACGAUAUCCAAUCGACAAUUAUAAUUAUGGAGGUCUAAUCCCAAUGGUUUACAAGGCAAUGAAGGGGAACAGAACUCGCCACCAGUACAUCUGCCUCUCCUCCUCCUCCGCCUCAUUAGCAGCAACAGCAGCAGCAGCAGCACCACCACCAGCAUCAAAUCAAACUAAUCAUUACAACAUCGCUGACUUCUACAUCGAUCACAACAGUUACGUCUCUGUCCCCCAACCUGCACCUUCAGCUGAACAACAUCAUCAUCUUCCAACGAUAUUUAAUGUCAAUGGUACAUCUGCCCCGGGGGAUCAGUCGUCCACAACCACAAACAUUAUCAACCAUGGUGGUCGUCAGUUUCAACACCGCAGACACAAAUCUGUUGCUCUCGGUUCUGCUUCCAACUCUAUGCAAGGAUUCUCGUCAUCGGUGGACGCUGAUGAUUCCAUUAAUUCUCCUCCUUCAAAGCAAUUUGUCCAGUAUCAGAGCCAUAGACGAAUAUUCUCGUGCAUCAGCGGUGGUGCCUAGGCCUAGCAUUAAUUCUCCUCCUUCAAAGCAACUUGUCCAGUAUCAGAGCCAUAGACGAAUAUUCUCGUGCAUCAGCGGUGGUGCCUAGGCCUAGCAGUAGCUAGCCAAAGCUAAUUAGCAAUGUUGUACCUCACAGCUCAAAGUGCUGAAUAUUUCAAUUACAGAUUUAUUGAAUGUUGUAAGAAUUACCUCUGCUGUCUGCUCACUUCUUGUAUCGAUCUUUUCUCUGCUUUUGUCUCGUAUAUAAUUUUCCUGCAAAAUUACUAGCGGUUGAAUACGCAAUGUGUAUAUACAAGGAGUUCAAGUUAUA